AUGAGGCCGAACAGGUCUCCAGAGGAGAGCACUGAGGGAGAUGCCGGGAGAACAGAGCAGAAGCCCACGGUGAGAGAUGCUUUCAAAGACAUCUCCGUAUACUUCUCCAAGGAACAAUGGGAAGAGAUGGGAGAAUGGGAAAAAAUCCGAUAUAGGAAUAUGAAAAGAAACUACGAAGCGCUGAUUGCUAUAGGUUUCAGAGCCACUCGAUCGGAUUUCAUGCAUCACCGCAGGCAGGUCAUCAAGCCCCAGGUAGAUGACCCUGAGGAUUCUGAUGAAGAAUGGACACCAAGGCAGCAAGGUAAACCUUCUUCUUUGGCCUUCAGAGUGGAGCACAGUAAACACCAGAAGAGAAUGUCCAGGGCACCAUUAAGUAAGCAAUCUAGUUUGAAGGAAUUGCCGGGAGAAGCAAAAUCGCUGAAGACAAGUGGCUCCAAGCAGGCUCAGAAACCAGUGCCCCAUCACAGAAAAGCAAGGACCCCUGAACAGCACCCCAGACAAAAAGUCGAACUCAGAAGAAAAGAGACUGGAGUGAAGAGGUACAGUCUACGGGAAAGAAAGGGCCACAUAUACCAAGAGGUCAGCAAGCCCCAGGAUGACGACUACCUCUAUUGUGAGGAGUGUCAGAACUUCUUCAUCGACAGCUGUGCUGCCCAUGGGCCCCCAACCUUUGUAAAGGACUGUGCAGUGGAAAAGGGGCAUGCCAACCGCUCAGCCCUCACGCUGCCCCCUGGCUUAAGCAUCAGACUGUCGGGCAUCCCUGACGCUGGGCUUGGAGUGUGGAACGAGGCAUCAGAUCUGCCGCUGGGCCUGCACUUUGGCCCCUAUGAGGGCAAGAUCACAGACGAUGAAGAGGCUGCCAACAGUGGAUACGCCUGGCUGAUCACCAAAGGGAGGAACUGCUAUGAGUAUAUGGAUGGAAAGGACACGUCUUGGGCCAACUGGAUGAGGUAUGUGAACUGUGCCCGGGACGACGAGGAGCAGAACCUGGUGGCCUUCCAGUAUCACGGGCAGAUCUUCUACCGAACCUGCCAGGUGGUCAGGCCGGGCUGUGAGCUGCUGGUCUGGUACGGGGACGAGUAUGGUCAGGACCUUGGCAUCACGCGGGACAGCAGGGGGAAGAGUGAGCUCGCGACCGGGAGAGAACCGAAGCCCAAGAUCCACCCAUGUGCCUCCUGCUCUCUGGCCUUCUCCAGUCAGAAAUUCCUCAGCCAACACACCCAACGCAGUCACCCCUCUCAGACCCUCCUGAGACCAUCUGAAAGAGACCUCCUCCAACCAGAGGAUCCCUGCCCAGGCAAUCAAAAUCAGCGAUAUUCAGAUCCACACAGCCCGAGCGACAAACCUGAGGGGCAGGAGGCCAAGGACAGGCCCCAACAAUUGCUGAAAAGCAUAAGGCUGAAGAGGAUUUCAAGGGCCUCUUCCUACUCACCCGGAGGACAAAUGGGGGGUUCUGGGGUGCAUGAGAGAAUGAAAGACGAGCCCAGCACAAGCCAGAAACUGAAUCCAGAGGACACAGGCUCAUUACUCACGGGGGCAGGGGUCUCGGGGGUUAUGAGGGUCACGUACGGAGAGUGUGAGCAAGGCUCCAAGGACAGGUCAAGUCUCAGCACACACCAGAGGACACACACAGGGGAGAAGCCCUAUGUUUGUGGGGAGUGUGGGCGAAGCUUCCAUCGGAAGUCAGCCCUCAUCAGACACCAGAGGACACACACAGGGGAGAAGCCCUAUGUUUGCGGGGAGUGUGGGCGAAGCUUCAGUCAGAAGUCCCAUCUCAUCUCACACCAGAGGACACACACAGGGGAGAAGCCCUAUGUUUGCGGGGAGUGUGGGCGAAGCUUCCAUUGGAAGUCAGUCCUCAUCAGACACCAGAGGACACACACAGGGGAGAAGCCCUAUGUUUGCAGGGAUUAUGGGCGAAGCUUCAGUCAGACGGCUCAUCUCAUCUCACACAAGAGGACACACACAGGGGAGAAGCCCUAUGUUUGCGGGGAGUGUGGGCGAAGCUUCAGUCGGAAGUCCCUCCUCAUCACCCACCAGAGGACACACACAGGGGAGAAGCCCUAUGUUUGCGGGGAGUGUGGGCGAAGCUUCAGUCAGAAGUCCGUCCUCAUCUCACACAAGAGGACACACACAGGGGAGAAGCCCUAUGUUUGCGGGGAGUGUGGGCGAAGCUUCAGUCAGAAGACCCAUCUCAUCAGACACCAGAGGACACACACAGGGGAGAAGCCCUAUGUUUGCAGGGAGUCUGCAAAGCAUCUGGACUCCAGAUUCGACCUCAGGGGUCCAGUUCUCAGCCCUGCCCCCAGCAGCUGUAAGGGGCUCAGGAGCCUGAAGUCCGCCCGGCCACCAGAAGACACCAAGGGGAGAGACAGUGGCCAGGCCCCACCUUUCACCAGGAUUGCCCUGCACGGGCACACAGGACACCAGCAGUCAUGGGACAGACAGCCAGCUGUCUCCGCUGCACUCUCCAUCCUGACCACGGCGGCCCUGUGGCUGUACCAGCCUCACCUGCACGCGGCUCUGCUUGGCCUCAAUGGCUCAGGGACCCUGCCUUUCACCUGCUGGGUGCCCACCAGUGAGGGGCCACAAGACACCAAGCUGGGGUUGGCGAUGGGCGAGCUGGAUGCCAGGGAACCCGAGACCCUGCAGCAGGUCAGCGCACUGUGGACGAGGGCCGGCCUCACUGAACGGCACCUUGGCCUUGAGCACUCCAAUGGCCAUGAGGCCGAACAGGUCUCCAGAGGAGAGCACUGA